AUGUCUUCCGGGGCCAGCGUGAGCACAUUGCAGUGCCUGGUGGAGCAAAUCAAGCUCGAGUCUGCCGCGGCAGUGGAAAAGAUCAAGGUCUCCUGGGCUGCUGCAGACAUUCAGCUGUACUGCAUGCAGAACGCUUGCAGGAUGCCCUGCUUUGGUGUUCCAGCUAGAAGUAACCCUUUCCGGGAGCCCAGAUCCUGUGUUUUACUCUGA